CUGCGCACACAGAAUGAAUAUUUUUUUCAAUGUGAGGGGGACAGUUGUGAGGCAGAUAGCAGAGGACAGAGCUGUUGCAGAGCCAGUGAUGAGCCCUCCACGCCGAUCAUCGAGUUCCCAUGGUGACAGGCCAUCCACUGAGACGGUGCAGAAAAACAACAGCAGCAGCAGCUCAGGUGUUAUUCUGGACAUCUCAGCUCUCAAGAUGGCCGAUGUGGAUUCAGGAGUGCCUCCUCUCCCACCUCGUUACCGAUUCAGGGACUUGCUGCUGGGGGACCAGACAUUUCAGAAUGAUGACAGGGUGCAGGUAGAGUUCUAUGUGAAUGAAAACACCUUUAAGGAGAGGCUGAAGCUUUUCUUCAUCAAAAACCAAAGGUCAAGCCUGAGGAUCCGCUUGUUCAACUUCUCACUGAAGAUUCUCACCUGUGCCCUCUACAUUUUAAGAGUCACCCUGGACGACCUCAAGGAGAAAAAUGGGAGCCCGUUUGCACUGAAUCGGACCUACAGCGGGAAUGAUACAUCAGAGCCACCACCAAUCAAAUGGGAACACAUUUUCUGGGUGAACAGACGGGAGUCUGUGUGGGCAAUACAGGUGACAGUGGCCUUAAUCAGUUUUUUGGAGACUAUGCUAAUCACAUAUCUCAGCUACAAGGGAAACAUUUGGGAGCAGAUCUUCCAGGUGUCCUUCAUAUUGGAAAUGAUCAAUACAGUGCCAUUUAUAAUCACAAUCUUCUGGCAUCGAUUAAGAGGCAUAUUUGUCCCUGUAUUUCUUAACUGCUGGCUAGCCAAAGGUGCUCUGGAGAAUAUGAUUAAUGAUUUCCAUCGUGCCAUCCAAAGGACCCACUCUGCCAUGUUUAACCAGGUGUUCAUCCUCAUCUGCACCUUACUGUGUCUGGUUUUCACCGGGACUUGUGGGAUCCAGCAUCUGGAGAGAGCGGGGAAGAACUUGACUUUGUUUGACUCCUUCUAUUUCUGCAUCGUUACCUUCUCCACUGUGGGCUACGGGGACGUCACGCCGCAGAUCUGGCCCUCCAAGCUCCUGGUGGUCAUUCUCAUCUGCGUUGCCCUGGUGGUCCUGCCGCUUCAGUUUGAAGAACUAGCAUACCUGUGGAUGGAGAGCCAGAAGUUGGGGGGGAACUACAGCCGGCACCGGGCGCAGACGGAGAAGCAUGUGGUGUUGUGUGUCAGCUCGCUGAAGAUGGACCUGCUGAUGGAUUUCCUCAACGAGUUCUAUGCUCAUCCCAGAUUACAGGACUAUUACGUGGUGAUCCUGUGCCCGACAGAGAUAGACAUUCAGGUUCGUCGAAUUCUCCAGAUCCCCCUGUGGUCACAGAGGGUCAUCUACUUGCAAGGAUCUGCUCUCAAAGACCAGGACCUCAUGAGGGCCAAGAUGGACGAUGCUGAGGCCUGCUUCAUCCUGAGCAGCAGGAACGAAGUCGACCGGACUGCUGCCGAUCAUCAGACUAUUUUGAGGGCGUGGGCUGCGAAGGACUUUGCUCCAAACUGCCCUCUCUACGUGCAGAUCCUCAAACCUGAAAAUAAAUUUCAUGUCAAGUUUGCUGAUCACGUAGUUUGUGAAGAGGAGUUCAAGUACGCCAUGUUGGCACUCAACUGUGUGUGUCCGGCCACGUCCACAUUAAUCACUCUCUUGGUUCACACCUCCAGAGGGCAGGAGGGGCAGUUAUCGCCGGAGCAGUGGCAGAGGACGUACGGACGCUGCUCUGGAAACGAGGUCUACCACAUCCGCUUGUGUGACAGCAAGUUCUUCGGGGAGUACGAUGGAAAGAGCUUCACCUAUGCUUCCUUCCACGCCCACAAGAAGUAUGGCGUGUGUUUGAUCGGAGUUAAAAGGGAGGACAACAAAAGCAUCCUUCUGAACCCCGGCCCCCGCCACAUCAUGGCUGCCACCGACACCUGCUACUACAUCAACAUCACCAAGGAGGAGAACUCCGCUUUCAUCUUCAAACAAGAGGAGAAGCACAAGGGCCUGCCCGUCUCCGGGCUCUAUGACGCCCCCUCGAGGCUACCUGUGCAUAGCAUCAUCGCCAGCAUGGGCACCGUAGCCAUCGAUCUCCAGCAUCCCGAUCCUCCCGAGGAAAGCGGCAAACUUACCCUCCCAACAGAGAACGGCGCCGGAAGCCGCAGACCGAGCAUCGCCCCCGUUCUCGAAAUCGCGGACUCCGCCUCCAUCCUGCCCUGCGACCUCCUCAGUGACCAGUCAGAGGAUGAGACCAACCAGUCAGAUGAGGAAGGUUCUGUGGGUUCAGAUUUUGUGAAAGGCUAUCCCCCCAACUCACCCUACAUCGGUAGCUCUCCAACUCUGUGCCACCUGCUCCCACAGAAAGCUCCGUUCUGCUGCCUUCGCCUCGACAAGGGCUGCACACACAGCAGCUUUGAGGAUGCCAAGGCUUAUGGCUUCAAGAAUAAACUGAUUAUCGUGUCUGCAGAGACCGCCGGAAACGGGCUCUACAACUUCAUCGUCCCUCUGCGGGCUUAUUAUCGGCCCAGGAAGGAGCUCAACCCCAUAGUGCUGCUACUGGACUACCCGCCAGACAACCAUUUCUUAGAGGCCAUUUGCUGCUUUCCAAUGGUUUACUUCAUGGCUGGCACAAUUGAUAACUUGGACAACCUGCUGCAGUGUGGGAUCAUCUACGCCGACAACUUGGUCGUUGUGGACAAGGAGAGCACCAUGAGUGCUGAGGAAGACUACAUGGCAGAUGCCAAGACCAUCGUCAAUGUCCAGACCAUGUUCAGGUUGUUCCCCAGUCUCAGCAUCAUCACUGAGCUCACGCAUCCGUCCAACAUGAGGUUCAUGCAGUUCAGAGCCAAGGACUGCUACUCGCUCGCACUCUCCAAACUGGAGAAGAUCGAGCGUGAUAAGGGCUCCAACCUGGCUUUCAUGUUCCGGCUGCCGUUCGCUGCAGGCAGGGUGUUUAGUAUCAGCAUGCUGGAUACACUGCUUUACCAGUCAUUUGUGAAGGACUACAUGAUCGCCAUCAUCAGGCUUCUCCUUGGUCUGGACACCACACCUGGUUCUGGGUACCUGUGUGCUAUGAAGAUCACAGAGGAGGACCUGUGGAUCAGGACCUACGGCAGACUCUUUCAGAAACUUUGUUCCUCCAGUGCCGAGAUCCCCAUCGGGAUCUACCGCACCGAGUCGCACAUGUUCUCGACCUCAGAGGCAAAAUCCAGCAUUUACACUUCCACCUUACUAUUCCAGUCUCAGGUGUCCAUCAACGUGGAGCAGGGCGAGGAGCACCGUGAUCGUGGAGGGUCCUGGAAGGAGAAGACGGGCUACAGAAACUCCACCGCGAGCGACCAAUCAGAGCAUCCGCUGCUAAGGAAGAAAAGCAUGCAGUGGGCGCGGCGGCUGAGCAGGAAGAACGUCAAGCCGUCGAGCAGAGCGGAGCGCAUCUCGCAGCAGAGACUCAACCUUUACCGGCGCUCCGAGCGGCAGGAGCUGUCCGAGCUGGUCAAGAAUCGCAUGAAGCACCUGGGCCUCCCCACCGUGGGAUACGAGGAUGUUUCUAAUCUCACUGCGAGUGAUGUCAUGAAUCGAGUAAAUCUAGGAUAUUUGCAAGAUGAGAUGAACGACCACCAGAACACGCUGUCCUACGUCCUCAUCAAUCCUCCUCCUGACACCAUGCUGGAGCUCAACGAUAUUGUGUAUAUAAUCCGCUCAGACCCACUGGCACACGUGCCAGAGGACUCACAGGUGGGACAGGCUCGUUGUAGCAGGAAUCAGCAAGACUUUGGCACAGAGACGAGAGAUGAGACUCACCUCUGAAACCCCCCUGAGUCCUCUACACCCUGACCCUUAACCUCUAAAGGCUCAUCUGGGCCCACAGAGUUCGUUUGUCUCACACAAAUGAAGGCUCCAUUCGGGCCAAGAUUAGCUAUCCAUAGUGAAUGUGCAUUAAAUGUCUCUCCGCCUCAGACCAGAAACAAUCAGCAUCUUAAAAAUACACCCCUGAGAGACCUGCUGUUUCCCUACUGAGCUGCUACAGGAGGAUGCAUGAAGAGUGCCUCGUCAUCACCUGCCAUACAAACACGCGUCACCCUAGCAAAACAAUCUGAAACUGAGAACCAGGCUGUGGAAAUGACUCCCUCCUCCCAAUAAAUGGUUUGAGAGAGUAGAGCGAUGUUCUGAGAAGAAUUGCACAUUUAAAGGAGGUUUAAAUGGGAUACCUUCAUCAUCACUUCAUUCACGAAGGGGUGUGGUUGACCUCAUACCGUGACCUCCUCUGCGCUCGUGUCUACCUGAAUUUACAAAAGAACUGAAACGUGGGGCAACUGCGGCCUCCUCCACAUCUGAACAAUCAAGACGAGGGCAAAUGCUUCGAAUUUCUUCCUUUUCAGGCAUUUAUUACAUUUAUUACACUACUGUGCACUUCUCUUUAUUUAUAACUUGACCUUAAUUCAAACUUUAUUGGAUGGGAUUUUUAUUUAUUUACAAGCACAACCUUUUUUUUUAAAACAAGCUGACAUCUGAGAGUAUACACACUGUAGUGGCACUUUGAUCAGCCAGGUUAGCGCUACCUUUUUGAAAAUGACUUUUGUUGUGGUCAUUGUUAGAUAGUACACUUAUUCUUAAUUUAUUUCACUAAUGUAAGCAUCCCAGAUCACAUCUGCUCAACUGCAUGUCACAUUUUGUUUACUGUCUUUGUGAAUAUUGUUCAUUUAUAAAUUAUGUGCCAUUCUGUAUCUCUUCAGUAUGGAGCCUGUCAGCAGCAGAACAGGAGAAAAAGGCUUUGAUGCCUUGUUUUACUGCAGCGAGUGCACAAAAUGUUCAUUCAUGCUCAUAAGACACAGUUUGUGUGCAUAUUUUGCACAACAUUUGUGCUGUUGGUGCCAUUUACAGCAUUUUUAAUGGAAUUAUCUGACAAAAAAUAUGACGUGCUGUGCAGCUGAUUGUACAGUCCAAUAAGUUUGUGCUUAACUUUUGGCGAGUCUAGUUUUUUUAUUAUGUAACUGAUUACUAAUUAGCAGUUAUUUUAGUCUCGACUUUGAGCUGCACAGUUUAUGGAUGCAGCUUUCUAACCGAACUCGUUGAUUACGGGGUAACUCUGGAUAACGCUGCCUCUGAAGAGCCAACAUGGCGGCGACCAAAAUGGUGGAGUCCACAAACC